AUGGUCAUUUCUCCACAGCCAAAUGAUUCUGAGGUAUCCGGAACCAACCCUUCAAUCGCCAAAAAUUACCAAGAUAUGUUGUUUCACAUGGGAUUUCCAUCUCGCAGCAACAAGGCGGACAUCGACCUUCGCAUAUCCUUACUGGACAUACUCCCCGAGUACAUGUCGCUUAGUGGCCUGAUCCCUUCAGAACUUCAGGACAGGUGGAUGGAAAACGCAAUUCACCUCAUGCUGCAUACUGCCUUGGAGCAAGUAUUUCUUUAUGGGCAAUCAAGCCACUAUAAGCUCGAUGAAAUUUUCGCAUGGGACUGGCCAUAUGAGCAUAGUCAAUCUGAAACUUCGAGGCGAAUGGGGAAUUAUACAUGGUCGACUCUGAGGGAUGGCACCAAGCGCUCUUUACUUGCCUCAGGAACGUUUAUUUGUGAGAAGCAUCUAAGACGUGUCUCAUUCGAACAUCCAUUGUUCGACUUCGAAGGGCGUGUUUUGCAGCUAUUAAACGAUCUACUGGCCAUGUUACAAACACCUAUUCUUGAGCAGCUCGAGUCGGGCAACCUGUCUGAAAUAUCUGGAAUACAAACUCAAGAUUGGUAA